UCGACUGAGUUGACAACAACAGAAUGAAUCAAACUGGUUCGCCUGUCCAAGAAUUUGUUCUUGCUGGGAUUCCCGGAUUUGGAGAUGAAGAAAGCAGGAGGAUUUUCUUUGCCGUCUUUCUAACUGCAUAUCUCUUUAUUCUCCUUUGGAAUUUCCUCCUCAUCUUUAUAUUCUCAUCAGACAAAAGUCUGCACACUCCUAUGUACGUAUUAGUUUGUGGCCUUGCUAUUUUAGACAUUGUUUUAGCAACUAACAUAAUCCCGGGUAUUCUAGUUCUCUUUAGGUUUGGCUCCAGGUCGGUUUCGUUUACCGCUUGCUUCACACAAAUGUUUUUUUUUUUUAGUCUGUUUUUCUCAGAGUCUUUUCUCUUGGGGCUCAUGGCAUAUGACCGAUACAUAGCCAUUUGUCAUCCUCUUCACUAUCCAAAUUUAAUGGACAACACUCGUAUCUUGAAACUGAUGGUGGGUUGCUGGUUAACGGCCUGUCUUUGUUCAACUAUUAUUGUAGCUCUCACGCUCAGAUUUCCAUUCUGCGGCCCUAAUAAAAUUGUACAAUGUGUUUGUGAUUUCUCUUCUGUGCUGAGUUUAGCCUGUGGCAAUAUUCUGACCACUAGUUAUAUUGGAUUAACCAUAGCUCUGAGUGUCUUGGCUUUUCCUAUGAUGUAUAUUGUAUUUUCAUAUGUGAAGAUCAUAUCUUCAGUUCUCAAGAUUGCCACCUCCGAGGGACGCAUGAAAGCUUUCUAUACCUGUGGAACACACAUGUUGGUCAUUUCCAUUUUCUACUUCGUUGCCAGUGCAGUCAUCAUCUCCUACAGAAUUCCUGGUACAUCCGUGGACAUGAGAAUUAUUGGCAUAUUAUUUCAUAAUAUUUUUCCCACUCUGACAAACCCAGUAAUUUACUGUCUACGGACAAAAGAGAUCAGAGACAGUCUUUUCAAAACUCUGAAAAAAGGCAGAAUUUUGCCUAAAAGUUUAUAAACAGCUAACCUUAUGUGUACA